AAAGUUGUUAACCACCCUGGCAUAUUUUCCCUAUGCCUUUGUUUUUCCUUUUGAACAUUCCUUUCUGCUUUCUGAAAAACUCUUCAAUACACAACACCAGCAUUUUUUAAGAUACAAUACAACAACACCACCCUUUUUAUUGCAUCCACCAAAAACUCUCUCCUUAAUAAGCAUUCAUUUUCAUUCAUCUUGGUUGUCUAGUUCCACAAGCCACCAUUUUGAGUUUCAUGAUAAGAAGAGUUUAGUGGUAGUAGCAGCAUCAUGGGAACACCUGUGAACAUCAUCGUUGGAUCACAGGUUUGGGUUGAGGAUCCUGAGGAUGCAUGGAUUGAUGGUGAGGUGACACAAAUCAAAGGCAAAAAUGCCACCAUCAUUGCCACAAAUGGGAAAACUGUGGUGGCAGAAAUUUCAAGCAUAUACCCCAAAGAUACAGAGGCACCACCUGCAGGAGUUGAUGACAUGACCAAGCUAGCAUACCUUCAUGAGCCAGGAGUCCUGCAUAACCUUGCAACUCGUUUUUCUCUCAAUGAGAUAUAUACAUAUACAGGGAAUAUCUUAAUUGCAGUGAAUCCUUUUCGAAGACUGCCGCAUUUGUAUGACAUCCAUAUGAUGGAGCAGUACAAAGGAGCAGCAUUUGGAGAGCUUAGUCCUCACCUUUUUGCUGUAGCUGACACAUGUUACAGGGCAAUGAUAAAUGAAAAUGGAAGCCAAUCCAUUUUGGUAAGUGGAGAGAGUGGAGCUGGUAAAACUGAGACAACGAAAAUGCUCAUGAGAUAUCUAGCAUUCAUGGGGGGUAGAUCUGCUACAGAAGGAAGAACUGUAGAACAACAGGUUUUGGAGUCAAAUCCAGUGUUGGAAGCAUUUGGAAAUGCCAAAACUGUCAAAAACAACAACUCAAGUCGUUUUGGUAAAUUUGUUGAAAUUCAAUUUGACAAGAAUGGGAAGAUUUCUGGAGCUGCAAUCCGUACAUAUCUCCUCGAAAGAUCACGAGUUUGCCAGGUCUCUGAUCCAGAGAGAAACUACCAUUGCUUUUACAUGCUUUGUGCAGCACCACCAGAGGAUGUCAAGAAGUACAAGUUAGGGGAUCCAAGGCAAUUCCACUAUCUUAAUCAAUCAAACUGUUAUCAAGUAUCGAAUGUGGAUGAUGCAAAAGAAUACUUGGAGACCAGAAAUGCAAUGGAUAUUGUAGGCAUUAGCCAAGAAGAGCAGGAUGCGAUCUUCCGUGUGGUAGCCGCAAUCCUCCAUCUUGGAAAUGUUGACUUUGUCAAAGGGAAAGAAGUUGAUUCUUCCAAAUUGAAAGAUGAUAAAUCACUCUUCCACCUCCAAACAGCCGCAGAUUUAUUCAUGUGUGAUGCGAAAGCACUGGAAGACUCACUUUGCGAGCGUGUCAUUGUAACUCCUGAUGGUAACAUUACCAAACCUCUUGACCCAGAUGCAGCUGCUUUGAGCCGAGAUGCCUUGGCAAAGACUGUCUACUCCAAAUUGUUUGAUUGGAUUGUGGACAAGAUUAACAGUUCAAUUGGUCAAGAUUCCAAUGCAGUAAGCAUAAUAGGAGUCCUUGAUAUUUAUGGAUUUGAAAGCUUCAAAAUCAACAGUUUUGAGCAACUAUGCAUCAACCUAACGAAUGAGAAGUUGCAACAACAUUUUAAUCAGCAUGUAUUCAAGAUGGAGCAAGAAGAGUACACAAAGGAGGAAAUCAAUUGGAGCUAUGUAGAAUUUGUGGAUAAUCAGGAUGUUCUCGAUCUUAUUGAGAAGAAACCAGGGGGAAUUAUUGCUCUUCUUGAUGAAGCCUGCAUGUUCCCUAAAUCAACUCAUGAGACUUUUGCACAAAAGAUGUACCAGACAUAUAAAGGACACAAGCGCUUCAGCAAGCCAAAACUUUCUCGAACAAAUUUCACAAUUAACCAUUAUGCUGGAGAUGUCACAUAUCAAGCAGAUUAUUUUCUUGAUAAAAACAAAGAUUAUGUUGUAGCAGAGCAUCAAGCUCUUUUAUGUGCUUCCAAGUGUUCAUUUGUUGCUAAUAUCUUCCCUCCUUUACCAGAGGAGACAUCAAAGCAAUCAAAAUUCUCUUCCAUUGGUUCACAAUUUAAGCAACAACUGCAAUCUCUCAUGGAGACACUGAACACAACAGAGCCGCAUUACAUAAGAUGUGUGAAACCAAAUACAGUUCUGCAGCCAGGAAUCUUUGAGAACUUCAAUGUCUUGAACCAACUAAGAUGUGGGGGAGUACUUGAGGCAAUAAGGAUUAGUUGUGCUGGAUAUCCAACAAAAAGGACAUUUGAAGAAUUUCUUGAUCGCUUUGGAAUGCUAGUUCCUGAUGUCCUUGAUGGCUCUGAUGAGAAAAAGGCAUCUAUGGCCAUCUGUGAUAAGAUGGGUUUAAAAGGCUAUCAAAUGGGGAAAACAAAGGUAUUUCUCAGAGCUGGUCAGAUGGCUGAAUUAGAUGCACGACGAGCCGAAGUCUUAGCUAAAGCGGCCAAACUCAUACAGAGACAAAUCCGAACACAUUUAACGAGAAAGGAGUUUAUCACCUUGAGAAAGGCCACUAUUCAUAUCCAAAAGAUUUGGAGAGCUAAACUUGCACGUAAACUCUAUGAGAAUAUGAGGAGGGAAGCAGCUUCUAUCAGGAUACAGAAACACGUGCGUGCACACAGAGCAAGAAUGAAUUAUACAACGUUACAAGCAUCAGCUAUAGUUAUUCAAUCAGGUUUGAGAGCAUUAGCAGCAAGAAAUGAAUAUAGGUACAGAAGAAGAACAAAGGCUUCAACAAAAAUUCAGACACAAUGGAGAAGAGCCCAAGCUCUUUCUGGUUACAAACAGCAGAAGAAAGCAACUGUUGCACUUCAAUGUCUAUGGAGAGCUAAAGUAGCAAGGAAAGAGCUCAGAAAGCUUCGGAUGGCUGCAAGAGAAACUGGGGCACUUAAGGAAGCAAAGGACAAGUUGGAGAAGCGUGUUGAGGAGCUUACAUGGCGACUGGAUAUUGAAAAGCACAUGAGGACAGAUCUUGAAGAAGCUAAAGGGCAAGAGAUUGCAAAAUUGCAAAAUGCUUUACAAGAAAUGCAAGGUCAGUUAGAUGAAGCCCAUGCUGCAAUUAUACAUGAGAGAGAAGCAGCAAAAAUAGCAAUUGAACAAGCACCACCAGUAAUUAAAGAGGUACCUGUUGUGGACAACACAAAGCUAGAUUUACUGACAAAUAAAAAUGAGGAGUUGGAGACUGAAGUAGAAGAGCUGAAAAACAAGAUUAAAGACUUUGAAGAAAGGUUCUCAGAAGUCGAGAACGAGAACCAAGAAAGGCUGAAAGAGGCAGAAGAAGCACAGCUUAAAGCAACACAACUUCAGGAGACUAUUGAAAGAUUAGAAUUGAGUUUGUCAAACCUUGAGUCUGAGAACCAGGUUCUAUGCCAGAAGGCUUUGGAAGAAUCAAAAAAUGAAGAACUCUUUGAAGAGAUCAAAAUCCUCAAGGAUCAGAUAGCAAAUCUAGAAUCAGAGAAUGAAUCCCUACGGAGGCAGGCAGCGGCUGUUGCUUUCGAGCAGAAAGUUCAUCCAGAAAAAAUAGAAUCAGACCAUUCAGCAGCUUCUUUGGAGCAGAAAGUUCAACCAGAAAAAAUAGAACCAGGCCAUUCAGCAACUGCUUUAGAGCAGAAAGUUAAUCCAGAAAAAAUAGAACCAGUCCAUUCAGCAACUGCUUUGGAGCAGAAAGUUCAUCCAGAAAAAAUAGAACCAGAUCAUUCAGCAGCUGCUCUAGAGCAGAAAGUUCAUCCAGAAAAAAUAGAACCAGACCAUGAAGUUGCUGUUGCAGAGAAAAUGCAAGUGCAACCAAGAGUUAUUGCAGAUAAUAUGACUUCACAAAUCAAGAAUUUGGAUAAUGGAAGUUCAACCGAGGAAGAAUGGCAAGCAAGAAAAGAACCGAGAGCACCAGUCUUCUUGCUUACUAAACAAAGAUCACUCACAGAUAGGCAACAGGAAAGUCAUGAUGCACUGCUCAAGUGUCUUACGGAAGAUAAGCGAUUUGAGAAAAACAGACCAGCUGUUGCUUGUAUUGUAUAUAAAUCACUUCUUCAUUGGAGAUCCCUUGAAGCAGAAAAGACUCAUAUUUUUGAUAAAAUUACACAUGCUAUCCGAUCAUCUAUAGAGAGUCAAGAAGGAAUCCAUGAUCUAGCCUACUGGCUUUCAACAACAUCAACACUUCUGUUUUAUCUACAAUGUACAAUGAAGGCCAGCAAUACAACUAAGGCAGUGUCACGUAAUCGAAACUCGCCCGCCUCUUUGUUUGGCAAAAUGGCACAAGGUUUACGUUCAUCUUCAAUGGGCUUGGGGAUUUCAAGUGGCUACAGUGGAAUGGUGGACAAGACAAAUGGUCAAUCUAAAGUAGAAGCCAAGUACCCGGCAAUUCUGUUUAAGCAACAUUUAACUGCAUAUGUUGAGAAGAUAUAUGGAAUGAUCCGUGAUAGUUUAAAGAAAGAGAUUAGCCCCUUCUUAAAUCUGUGUAUACAGGCACCAAGAUCCAUAAGGACUAGAUCAAUAAGAGGGUCAUCCAGAAACAUCCAUUCAAAUAUUGUUGCAAAACAACAGGCAUUGCAUAUGUACUGGAAAGGCAUUGUGGACAAGCUAGAUACUGCCUUGCGUAUAUUGUCUGAUAACUAUGUUCCUCCCAUCAUAACAAGGAAGAUAUUUAGUCAGGUUUUCUCAUUCAUGAAUGUCCAGCUCUUUAAUAGUUUGUUGCUUCGCCGUGAGUGUUGUUCCUUUAGCAAUGGAGAAUAUUUGAAGGCAGGUUUGCAUGAGUUGGAACUAUGGUGUCUUAAAGCAACAGACCAGUUUGCUGGAUCAUCUUGGGAUGAGCUCAAACACAUACGCCAGGCUGUGGGCUUUCUGGUUUUGCAUCAAAAGACCCAAAAAUCUUUGGAGGAGAUCACAAAUGAGCUCUGCCCGGUGUUAAGUAUUCCACAAAUAUAUCGUAUAGGAACUAUGUUCUGGGAUGACAAGUAUGGAGCACAUGGAUUAUCUGCAGAAGUCAUUAGCAGAAUGAGAGUGAUUAUGACAGAAGACUCAAUAAACAUACACAACAGCUCAUUCCUUCUAGAGGUGGAUUCCAGCAUACCAUUCUUAAUGGAGGAGAUGUUCCGGUCAAUGAGUGACAUCCGCCUAUCAGACAUGGAUGUGGAUCCACCACCAAUCCUCAGGCAAAGAUCUGACUUCCAAUUCUUGUUGCAACAAAUGGAUAGUGACUCUCAGUGAGCUAGUGAAAGUUUGGUGCUGAUAUUAGUUAUAGUUUCUGAUUUGUAUUGAUUUAAUUUGGGUUUGGUGUGGAGAGAGUAAUUGAGUGGUGAGGUGAAGAAUUGUAAUUAGUUUAUUUAUUCUAAUUUUUUACAUUUGUUUUUGGGAAGAUCCCAAUUUUGUUGGUUAUUCUUGUAAGGCUUCUUGUCAAGGAAUGCCACAGCGAAUUUUGCCAUUGUUGUAUGAAGUUACUUCAAAAAGUAAUGAAAUGAAGGAAAGUUUGGCUUUA